UUUGACAAUUCAGCGGUGGGUUCUGUCAACAAGUCUGCUCCUGCGAACAGAAAAACUCGUCCGACAAGCAUCUUUCGUUAGUCCGAUUCGUUUGAUGUUGGACCGAAUCAACGAUAUUGUCGGACGUCGCACCCCUCGGAUUAACGUCAGAAGAAGUAAACAAGAAAUAAUCAGCUGAUCAGAAACGUCUCAUGGAUUGCCUAAUAGUAACGAUAGCAGCAGGUCACGACUAAAUUAUCUAACCACUGUCAAAUAGUGCAGCAUCAUAAUCCGAAUGAAAUCGUGAUCCUUGCCAAUGGGCAGUUGUGGGUGAAGAAGAGCGAAUUAGACUGAUUAUCCAAGAGAAUCCUGUGGUACGGAUCUUGUGUGCAGCUUCAUCCUAGUGAAUUUUUACAUUUAGUCGGUGGCCACUAAAAUGUCACUUCAGACACCAACUAACAAAUUCACUAACGUCGUCGGCUGGACCAACCGACGCAGCCCAAUCCAUCACUUAACCACGCCACAGGAUGUGAUCAGUCAGGGACAAUGUCUCUGUGGUGAAUACAUCCGAGGACGCCUAAAGCGAGCUGGUUUACUGAACCGGAAGAUUCUGCAGCGUUUACGUAGCACGAUGGAUGUUCCUAACUGUGUGGUCGUUCGUGAAACAAUCCCGAUUUUGAACGAAAUGGGCGAGGAAUUGGAACGCAUGCACCCAAGGUUGUACAGCAACGUGAGUCGACAAAUUUCACUUGAACCAUGGGGAGAAUUGACGGAACCAGACUCAGUUGGUUAUCUACUGCAUAUUGUGGCAAAGGAUCUCUUCAAAACCGAAAUCACCUGGGGAAAGGUGAUCUCGCUGUUUGCAAUUGCUGGGGGAUUAGCAGUGGAUUGUGUUCGCCAAGAACAUUACGACUACUUACAGCAAUUGAUAGAAGGUACAACCGAUGUGAUCGAGGAAGAUCUUAGCACAUGGCUUGUCGAGAAAGGAGGCUGGCUAGGGCUAUUAGAUCAUGUUCAUCCCCCACAGACCGAAAUAACAUUCCUCGGUUGGAUGACCAUCACCAUCUCCACGCUCUUUGUAAUCUACUUAAUUUCGGUUUUACUUAAACACCUUGGCUCCAAUUACCUGUCGAAAUAUUAACGAAGCAAUGAAUAACGCGUCCAUUUUUAUAUGCUUAGUUUAUGUUAGUAAUAACAAGUUUGAAUGUGAUUUGUAAUAUUACCAGCUUAAUAAUAAUUGCAAGGCAAGCACAUAUCAACACGAAAAUAUUUUUUUUAGCAGGAACACAAAAAGGGAUAUAGCAAUAAAUAAAAGAUUUUGCUUAUUGGCUAGUUGAUACGAUUUUGUUGAUGUUAAAUAUAAAGGUGCUCUUUAAGCAUACUCACUGUUGAUUUAUGAUUAAUUACCCGCUAACAUCUAAGGUCCAAGUUUCUUCUUGAAACGUUCCAUCUUCAAUCGUAAGUGAUACCAAUGCUCAAAGCAUCGAAUAGCUAAUUUACAUUCUCACUUGUCCAUUGUAUCGAUUGUGAAUUAAAUAAAAAGCCGUGCAUCACAAA